UGUGUGUGUGUGUGUGUGCGUGUGCAGUAUUGUGAGUGGCACAAAGUUCUUCUGCAUCUUGUUUCAUUUUCAGAAGCGAAAGCGAGCGUAACUGCAGCAGACAGUUAUACUGCCAUUUACACUAAGAGCUCCAUAGUGAAGGUGCUGAAUCACACCAAUGGCACAAUCAAAGGAGAUCACAGAGGAGAACCUCAAGUCAAUGUUCAAAGUUGUAAAAAAGUACAAAGAUGAAUUUUAUUUGAACAAUGUCAUGGAAGGAGAUGUGUUCAUUGUGAAACAUGAAAGAAAGGUCCAGAAGGCUGGAUUGUACACUGAUGGACAGAUCAUUCAGUUACAAGUCUUAACAGGAACAUUCUACAACAGUACAGAGAUAAACAAGGUGAAUGUGGAUGCGUUCACUGGAAAAAAAAGUUUUGCUGUUUACAGGAAGAAGAAAGGAAUUCCUAAGUCAUUCAAGAAAAAUGUUGACGAAGCAAUAAACAAAUGUCCAGAAAGCAAUUUUGAUGGAUAUAACUGUAUGGAGUUUGUCAUGGAGCUUCUCGAGGUUUAUCUGCCGCCGAUUAAAUCAGAAUGCAGUAAGAUUGCUUUUGGCACUAAACCAAAGGGCUUCAAAGUUGUCAAAAUGUUCGCUGAUGACUACAACAGUAACGCAAUGUUAGGAGACCUGUUUCUUGUGCGCGAUGGGCCAUUUGGCAGCACUAAACUCCAUGCUGGUGUGUGCUGCAGUGAAAAGGGCCCACAGAUUAUUCAGCUCUUAGCAAGGAUUAAAGGGUCCAGACCCAUUCCAGGUGUUGUGACCAUAGUGCAUCUCAACGGGUUUUCUGCAGACAUGAAUUAUGCAAUUUAUAGGAGGACACAGGGAAUCCCUGACUCAUUCCAAAAAAAAGUCGAUGAAGCAUUGAGCAGAAAGCCAAAUCAUCAAGAGGAACGAUUCAGCAAUGUGUGUUUUGCCUUGGAACUUCUCUUUGGAGAAUUAAAGGAAAAAGAAAGAGAUGUGGAAGAUUUGAAUGACAUUUUGUUUGGUGACACUGAAUGAGUGCAGCUCUGUACAACCUGAAGAUUCUUCUUUAAAUUAUUUAAUUGAAGUUAAUUACAGUGAUAGUUACACAUAACUUAUUCUUAAAUCAGUAUUAAAUCCUAAAAUAGAGUUCAACAUUUCAUGUUUGAUUUUUUUUAAUCAUCGUCAAACUACAACAGAUAAAAACAAACACAUGAUGAAAUAAAAUCUUUAACCGUU